UUGUGUUGCUCCUGCGCACACUGAAAGGAUUAGAAAUUUAAAAAAUAUCAAACAAUUUGAUAUUACCAUUUGAAUUUUACCUAACUCUUUAUUCCAUAUCUCCCUCGGACAAAAAUAUUUCGUGUUACCAAUUGAGUGUUACAUACUGUAUACGUGUGUAUUAAUACGAUUGUGUGUAUGUGUACGUGUAUGAGGGGGCAACGACGUUUAAAGUGUGCCAACAACCUAUGUCCGAACUACCCCGCUGGACGUAGGUAUGCACAACACUGUGUUCGUGCAUGCCAUAAGUACGUUUGGCCUAUAGUCGUCACAACAACACCAUGUCCGAAGGUGGUCGAAAUGUGGAGUUCGAGAUACAAAUGACCGUGCCGGUCACCACGAGACAUCUGUACAAACUUCCUCCUGGACUGUCUAAUAAUAGACCUACAGGAUGGAUAGUUCAACAAGAAGUUGCUCGUAUGAUGGACUCAUUGUUAGAUCCAUUUUCAUCUUUUGCAUCAUUUUCCAAGCCUGUUAGACGAACAAAUCAAGCAUCAAAGCGAUCACAUCUUUAUCGAUCCUCUUCACAACAAACGCAAACACCAAAUGUGGUGCCAAAUAUUAGCCGGGCAAAUAAUGAUAAUCGAUCAAACAAUAAUCAACAAUAUUAUAAACCAAAAUCAAAUGGUCCAUCAGAGAAAUGGGCUGCUUCUCUAAGGAAAAGAGAUUCAGAAUCGUUGCCUGCCAUCCACACAAAAAGAGACAGAUGUUGUUCACACCCGGGUGGAUACAGAACUAAGCCUGUUAUACCACCUCUAAUUCACCAAGUACCAUCAACUGCCCGUCCAGCAGAUCAAAAAAAACAAUUACAAAAAAUCAAAACUGUUGUUGGUUAUGAAUCUCAUUUGGUAGACAUUAUCGAGAAAGACAUUUUGCAAAGAAACCCUAACGUUCAGUGGGAUCGAAUAGCUGGAUUGAAACAUGCAAAAACUUUACUACAAGAAGCUAUGGUGUUGCCUAUGUUGAUGCCAGAUUUCUUUAAAGGCAUUCGAAGGCCAUGGAAAGGUGUCCUAAUGGUUGGUCCUCCUGGUACCGGAAAGACAAUGUUGGCUAAGGCUGUAGCUACAGAGUGUGGAACGACAUUUUUUAAUGUUUCUUCGUCAACAAUGACAUCUAAAUAUCGAGGAGAAUCAGAAAAGUUGGUCAGAUUAUUGUUUGAAAUGGCAAAAAUACAUUCCCCGUCUACAAUAUUCAUAGACGAAGUAGACUCAUUAUGUUCUUUACGAGGUUCCGAAGGUGAGCAUGAAGCUUCUAGAAGGUUUAAAGCGGAACUUUUAAUUCACAUGGAUGGUUUAAAUUCUACUAGUGAUGAAGAAAAUAAUACAUCAAUUAUGGUACUCGCAGCUACCAACCAUCCAUGGGAUAUUGAUGACGCUUUUAGAAGACGCUUUGAAAAAAGAAUAUAUUUGCCUUUGCCUAAUGAUGAUUCACGAAUAACUUUAUUGAAAUUAUGUUUGGAAGGAGUGAAUCUUGAUGAUUCGUUUGAUCAUCGAUUUGUAGCUAAUAAAUUAAGAGGAUACACCGGAUCAGACAUAGCUAACGUCUGUAGGGAUGCAGCUAUGAUGGGCAUGCGACGAAAAAUUGUUGGACAGACUCCGGAUCAAAUAAAAAACAUAAAACGUGCUGACAUCGAUUUACCAGUUACAGUACAAGAUUUCAAUGAAGCUAUAGAAAGAUGUCGAAAAACCGUGACUAGUCAAGAUAUUGAAAAAUAUCAGUCUUGGAUAGAUGAGUUUGGUUCAUUUUAACUAUCAUACAUUUUGAUAGAAUUCAAAUAUGAACUAUAUAACAAUAAUAAUACAUUAUUUUCCGUCUCAUAA